GACCCCUCACCGUCCAAUGGUGACCCCCCUCCCACCUCUGCCUGCCGGCAUGCAGCACUACUGCGAGAAUUCCACACGGGUCCACGCGGACGGCAACCCGGCUAUCAGCACCCUGAUGUUCGCCAUGGGCGUCCUGGGAAACCUGCUGGCCCUGGGCAUCUUAGGGGUCCACCGACGAGAGCGGAGGGCCCGGGCUUCCCCGUUCUGCAUCCUGGUCACCGGACUCGCCGUCACCGACCUCCUCGGCACCUGCAUCUUGAGCCCGGUGGUCUUCGUGUCCUACGCCCAGCAGGCGUCGCUCCUGGCGCUGGGCUCCCAACCACUGUGCCAGCUCUUCGCCUUCGCCAUGACCUUCUUCAACCUGGCGGCCAUGAUGAUCCUGUUCUUCAUGGGCUUCGAGAGAUGCCUCGCCAUCAGCCACCCCUAUAUCUACAACCGGCACAGCUGGGGGCACCGCCUGGCCAGGACCGCGCUGCCGACUUCCUAUGUUCUAACGGCGGUGCUCUGCGCCCUGCCGCUGGUCGGCGUCGGCCAACACAAGCAGUACUGUCCGGGCACCUGGUGCUUCAUCAGGAUGGCGGUGGCGUCCACGCCUGGGAACGGGGGAGCACUGGCGUUCUCACUGAUUUACGCCACCUUGACCGGACUGCUGAUCCUCGCCAUCCUGGUGUGCAACGCCUCUGUGACUGCCAGCCUGUGCCGCAUGAGGAAAGGUCAGAGGGCGCGGAGAGGGUCACUGCGCAGGGGCGGAGCUCGGGGAUGGUUCCUCGGGGCUGGAGAAGAGGAGCUGGAGCAUCUCAUCCUGUUGGUGCUGAUGACCAUCAUCUUCAUGGUGUGCUCCGUGCCAAUGACGCUGCGGGCGUUCCUGGGGGCCCUGUACCAGAACGAGCCUCAGGACGAGUCCGGCGACCUCCUGGCCUUCCGAUUCAGCGCUCUGAACCCCAUCUUGGACCCCUGGAUAUUCAUCAUCUUCCGCGGCUCUGUCUUCAAGAAGCUGCACUCUCUGCUCUGCACGUCCUGGGGCCGGACCAGCAAACCCGUGCUGGCUGCCAGCUCCCUGGACACGGCAACCGUCAGCCCCAUGACUUCCAUCAGUGGCCCCUGA